AUGGCUCCGACCAGAUCAUCGGUCUCAUGGCUAUCGUCCGCCCUGGCCAUCUGCGCCAUCUUCUGCCUUGCCGUGCCCGCGAACGCCCUCUACUUCUAUAUGGAUGGCCGUCAAACAAAAUGCUUUUAUGAGGAUCUUCCCAAGGACACGCUGGUCGUCGGAAACUUCAAGACCGAAGUCGUCAACCAGCAGUCCAACACCUACUCCGUCGAUCCCAACCUCAAGAUGCUCAUCACCGUCGACGAGACCUUCGACAGCGACCACCGCGUCGUCUCCAAGCGCGACGGCCACGCUGGCCGCUUCACCUUCUCCGCCGCCGACGCCGGCCAGCACCGCAUCUGCAUCACCCCCGACACCAACGCUGCCACCGGCGGCUGGCUGUCCGGUGCCCCCGCCGGCGCCGUCAGAGUGAACCUGGACCUGGCCAUUGGCGAGACCAGCAAGAUCGAGAACGAGGAUAAGGACAAGAUGAAGGAUAUCGUGCAGAAGGUCAAGGAUCUCAACAGCCGGUUACAGGACAUCCGUCGCGAGCAGGUAUUCCAGCGGGAACGCGAAGCCGAGUUCCGCGACCAGUCCGAAGCCACCAACUCCCGAGUCGUUCGCUGGACCCUGAUCCAGCUCGCCGUGCUCUCCGCCACCUGUGCCUGGCAACUCUCGCAUCUGCGGUCGUUCUUCAUCAAGCAGAAGCUGACGUAG